AUGGGUAGGGUUAUCCGAGCACAGAGGAAGGGAGCGGGAUCGGUUUUCAGAUCCCACACCCACCACCGUAAGGGCGCCGCUCGUUUCCGUAGCCUCGACUUCAGCGAGCGCAAUGGAUACCUCAAGGGCGUGGUUACCGACAUCAUCCACGAUCCCGGCCGCGGAGCUCCGCUCGCUCGCGUAACCUUUCGCCACCCGUUCCGCUACAAGCACCAGAAGGAGCUCUUCGUCGCCGCAGAAGGCAUGUACACCGGUCAGUUCGUGUACUGCGGCCGUAAAGCUUCUCUCAUGGUUGGAAACGUUUUACCCCUCCGCUCCAUCCCGGAGGGUGCCGUUGUAUGCAACGUUGAGCACCAUGUUGGCGAUCGCGGUGUGCUCGCGAGGGCUUCGGGAGACUACGCUAUCGUUAUCAGCCAUAACCCUGAUAACGGGACUUCUAGAAUCAAGCUCCCAUCUGGCGCGAAAAAGAUAGUUCCCAGCGGAUGUCGAGCCAUGAUCGGCCAGGUUGCCGGUGGUGGCAGAACGGAGAAGCCUCUCCUCAAAGCCGGCAAUGCUUAUCACAAGUACAGGGUGAAGCGGAACUGCUGGCCAAAGGUCCGCGGUGUUGCCAUGAACCCCGUGGAGCAUCCCCAUGGAGGAGGAAACCACCAGCACAUCGGCCACGCAUCAACCGUUCGCCGCGAUGCUCCGCCCGGACAAAAGGUCGGUCUCAUCGCUGCCAGGAGAACGGGUCGCCUCCGGGGACCCGCCACUGCCGCCAAGGCCGACAAGGGUUCUUAGCCAGGUUUUCGCCUUGCGCUUUUCUUCAUUUUUAUAUUUAUGGUAAUCUUAUUUGUUUCAAAGCAUUUAUAAAAAUUUGGGAGUUUUGUGCUAAAAACUUGAUGGUUUUGAGGAUUAUUGUUGUGUUAGAAACCAUUUUCUUUUUGAGAUGGGGUUUUUGUUUGAA